UGCAAGAACCCACUCUACUGGCACCUAGGCAGGGGGCCCCCUGCACCCCUGAAGACCCCGCCAAGGCGGAGUGGCCCCGGGUCAGAGCUGCGGACCCGCCGGCGAGGUUUAGGCUCCUGCUGCGCCGGAGGCAGCACCACCCUGAUGGAGAUGUCGGGAGCUAUCUUCACGCCCCUAGAGGGCCUAGGCGACCUGGACACCGCGAGCGGCCACCCGCUCGUGUGCCCUCUGUGCCACGCGCAGUACGAGCGCCCGUGCCUGCUGGAAUGCUUCCACGACUUCUGUGCCGGCUGCCUUCGUGGUCGGGCUGUGGAYGGCCGCCUGGCCUGCCCGCUGUGUCAACACCAGACCCCGGUGAAGGGUCCCAAUUGGCUCCCACCAGUGGACCGGCUGCUACAGUUCCUCGUGGACAGCUCCAGGGAUGGCGUGGAGGCUGUGCAUUGUGCCAACUGUGACCUGGAGUGCAGCAAGCAGGACGCCGAGACCACGUACUUCUGCAACACUUGCGAGCAACCCCUGUGUGCGCGCUGCCGCGACGAGACGCACCGGGCACGCAUGUUCGCGCGCCACGACAUUGUGGCCCUAGGCCAGCGCAGCCGCGACGUGAUCCAGAAGUGCACGCUGCACGCGGAGCCCUACAUCAUGUUCUCCACCGACAAGAAGUCGCUGCUGUGCAUCCGCUGUUUCCGGGAUAUGCAGGGGGAGAGUCGAGCCCACUGCGUGGACCUGGAGUCGGCUUACGUGCAGGGCUGCGAGCGGCUGGAGCAGGCCGUGCUGGCCGUGAAGGCCCUGCAGACAGCCACCCGGGAGGCCAUUGCGCUGCUGCAGGUCAUGGUGGAGGAGGUGCGGCGCAGCGCAGCUGAGGAAGAUGCCGCCAUCCACACCCUCUUUGGCAGCAUGCAGGACAAACUGGCAGAGAGGAAAGCACUGCUGCUGCAGGCUGUGCAGAGCCAAUACGAUGAGAAAGACAAGGCCUUCAAGGAGCAGCUCUCCCACUUGGCUGCUCUGCUGCCCACUCUACAGGUUCACCUGGUCAUCUGCUCUUCCUUCCUCAGCUUGGCCAACAAGGCUGAGUUCCUGGACCUGGGCUAUGAGCUGAUGGAGAGGCUGCAGAGCAUAGUCACAGGGCCACAUUGCCUAAGACCAGCGCAGAGCAGCAAGAUCGCCAGCGACCACCAUGCAGAAUUCGCACGCUGCCUGGAGCCACUGCUGCUGCUGGGGCCACGCCGGGCUGCGUCUGCCGCCAAUACGCUGGCAGGGGGUGCAGGACCCAAGGUGCUGAUGGGGCCCAGAUGCCCCUCCCCAGUGAGAAAGACGCCAGGGUCCCCAGUCCAGAAGCCCACGCUGCACCGCUCCAUCAGCACCAAGGUGCUCCUGGCUGAGGGCGAGGACACUCCCUUCACAGAGCACUGCCGCCACUAUGAGGACUCGUACCGGGGGCUGCAGGCGGAGGUGCAGAACCUGAAGGACCAGGUGCAGGAAUUGCACCGUGACCUCACGAGGCACCACUCCCUCAUCAAGGCCGAGAUCAUGGGGGACAUCCUGAACAGGUCCCUGCGGCUGGACGCACGGAUCRCCUCUGAGUACAGCUCUGCGGAGGGCAUGAGAGCCAUCUUCCAAGAGAUUUGGGAGGAAUCCUACCAGCGAGUAGCCAAUGAGCAGGAGGUUUAUGAAGCCCAGCUCCAUGACCUUCUCCAGCUGAAGCAGGAGAAUGCCCGCCUGAUCACCAUCACCAAGCAGAUCACACCCUACGUCCGCUCCAUUGCCAAGGUGAAGGAACGGCUGGAGCCCAGGUUUCAGCUGCCUGUGGAUGAACAGUCAGAGACUCUGCAAAGCACGUAUGACRGCAGCAGGAGUAUCGAGACCCUGGCCAGGAAUGAUCCAGGAAGUGCCGUGGAGAAGGGAGAGAAGACCUCAGAGUCCAAAGGAAACAGCAGGGCUCUGAGUGGCGUCUCAGAAGAUCCUCCACAGAAGAACCGAGACCAUCUCAGAUCCAAGCAGAAAAAUGGGGAUGACCUCCCCACAUGCAGAGAGCAGCCAACUUAGCCCCAUGCAACCAGCUGGACUCACAACGAACACAUCGAGACUGGGAUACUUAAGAAAAGGUUGUUCUCAUUCCGGUCACUUCUUUCAAAGGUGACACUUGAUUAAAAAGUAAAGCCAGGCUGCUGCAUUCCUCCGUGUUCCCAGGGCACAAGCUCACAUGGGGAUGACUUCCCACUCCUGGGGGGACACGUCCAACCAGCAAACACGCUGACUGCGACGCRCCUUGCUCAGCACUGCUCAUGGUGCUGGGGCUGAGCCCUGUACUCUGAUGCCAUCAGGUCCUGCUGCCCCGUGUUUUAGAUAACAAGACUCUACCACGGCACAGCACCCACUCUGCUGCCAAGGAAUCCAGUUUCUCCUGCCACACAGCCCACUGUAGACCUGGUACAACCAGAAAGUUCCACCCAGUAAUCUGAGCAGUGACUCACAACAUGGCAAGGGCAGAGGUUGUGAAGCCGGGACGGCCUCUGGCCAGCCCUGUGCAGAUCUCCACUUUACACCUGGGGCUUUCCCCAGCCACCUUCACUGUCCUUUGUGCCCCUCGUGGCAAGGAAAGCCCAGUGCAGCAGGCUGUCUCCCAGCAGUCUCUCCCAGCCAGCUUCCAUUAAGCACCCUUCUUAACGAGUGCUUAACAAAACCAUCUGUGAGACCCAACAUUUAAGUUUGAUGCCCAGAUAGUCACAUUUUAGGCAAACAUCCAAGUCGAUUCCGUGGUCUCAACUGGAGGCCUGCACAUCCAUACAGAAAUACUGAAGUCCACAUCCCAAAGUAGCACAAACCUGCGUGACAGCCUAAGGCAAGAGGAACCCAUCCUUAGGAACUGGGCAGAGGCAGGACCUCGGGGCAGGCCAAGGAGGCACAGCUGGCCUGACCUGACCUGAUGCGGGCAGCUCCGGACCUCCCUUAACAAGGUCAUCAGAGGUGUGUGAUCACCUCCUGCUUUCACAUCCCACACAAUCACACUGUCAUCUGUAGUGAAAUCAAGUACAGUUUUAUUUAUUUAAGAAUUGGAAAGAAUAAUCAGUAUCUGUGAAAGAAAAUCCAAUUGAAAAUAUUUAAAUAAACAUUUCUGCAUGUAAAAAGAGUAGAAUAAUUACUCUGUAAGUCCCUCUCCUUGUGACGGGAUGGGCUGCCUCCCUCAGGCUGGCGGGAUCUUCCAGGCCCAGGACAAGCAGCCACAGAGCAAGUGCUUCCCACCACUCAGAGAGGCUGAGGUCUCUAGCCCUGCUGAGCCACUAGGAAAGCAAACUAGGGUGGGUGCAACUACCUAAGGCAG